AUGGCUGAUCAGUUCCUUGGGUUCGACUUGAGCACCCAGCAGCUCAAAGGAAUUGUUGUGGGUUCAGAUCUGAAAUUGAUUCACGAAGCCAAAGUCGACUUUGAUGCGGAUCUCUCGAAAUAUGGCAUUGAAAAGGGUGUUCUCACCAACCCGGAAGAGGGCGAGGUCUUUGCACCCGUCGCACUGUUCCUCGAAGCCAUCGACCUCGUAUUGCAGCGGCUGAAAGAGCAGGGCGCGGAUUUCUCCAAAGUCCAGGGCAUUUCUGGAGCGGGAAUGCAGCAUGGUACCGUAUUUUGGAGUAAAGAUGCGGAGACGUUGCUUGGGAAUUUGGAUGCAGGAAGGACGCUGCUUGAGCAGUUGGAGGGGGGAGCAAAGGGGGAAAGGAAGGGUGCGUUUAGCCAUCCGUUUAGUCCGAAUUGGCAGGAUGCGAGCACACAGAAGCAGUGUGAAGAGUUCGAUGCUGCGUUGGGUGGGCCGGAGCAUUUAGCACUGGCUACGGGGAGUAGCGCACAUCAUCGCUUCAGUGGACCUCAGAUUCAACGAUUCCGGCAGAAGCAUCCUCAAGCUUAUAAAGAAACCGCACGCAUCUCUUUGAUAUCCUCAUUCCUUGCAUCAAUCUUCCUGGGCAAGGUUGCGCCCAUGGACAUUAGUGACAUAUGCGGUGCCAACCUAUGGGACAUCAAGAAAGGCCGUUGGCAAGAGGAACUCCUCGCUCUCACAGCAGGUGGCAACGACGGUGUUGCGGAUCUCAAGUCAAAACUAGGCGAAGUCCCAGAAGACGGUGGUUCCAGCUUCGGUGCCAUCUCCCCAUACUUUACCAAACGCUAUGGCUUCCCAUCUUCUACUCAAAUCAUUGCCUUUACAGGAGACAACCCAUCUACUAUCCUCGCCCUCCCGCUUCGAGCCUCAGAUGCCAUUGUCUCACUAGGAACUUCGACGACCUUCCUCAUGUCCACACCGCAGUACAAGCCUGAUUCCGCCUAUCACUUUAUGAAUCAUCCCACAACAGCCGGCCUCUACAUGUUCAUGUUGUGUUACAAGAACGGCGGUCUAGCACGUGAACACAUUCGCGACGCCAUCAACAAGACUUCCGGCGCCGAAUCCUCCAAAUCAUGGGACACUUUCAACGAAAGAGCACUUAGUAUACCCCCUCUCGGCCAAAAGACACCAGGUGAUCCCAUGCGUCUGGGCCUCUUCUUCCCCCGCCCAGAAAUCGUACCCAACGUCAGUGCCGGAACAUGGCGCUUCCUCUGGCAAGACAACACUCUCACGCCCCUGACCUCUGAUGACGCAAGCAAAUGGUCGAUCCCUGAAGACGACGCACGCGCAAUCCUAGAAUCCCAAUUCCUCUCACUCCGUCUCCGUUCCCAAUCCCUCGUCUCCCCCCAAGGCUCCUUACCCCCUCAACCACGACGCGUCUACCUUGUUGGCGGCGGCGCCGUCAACCAUGCCAUUGCCGAAUUAGCAGGCCAAGUCCUCGGUGGCAGCGAUGGUGUGUACAAACUCGAAAUUGGAGGUAAUGCGUGCGCGCUCGGUGCCGCGUACAAGGCGGCGUGGGGUGUUCAGCGUAAUGCAGGAGAGAAAUUUGAGGAUUUCUUGGAGCAGAGGUGGAAUGAGGAGGGGUUUGUGAAGAAGAUUUGCGAGGGAUAUAGGAGGGGUGUUUGGGAGGGGUAUGGGGAGGCGGUUAGAGGGUUGGAGGAGGUGGAGAGGUGGGUUGUCGGGGGUGCGGGGAAGACGGUGGGAUUGCAGGGGGUGGAUCGGAGGAGGUGA